AUGGCGAGUAAUGUGGUUAAUCAUCCGUUGCAACAAGUAUCAGACGAUGAAGAGAGUGUUGCAAAUAGCGAAAAAGCGAGUUUAUUGGAAACAUCUGGUGGUUCUGUAGAGACUGAUCCUGAAGGUUCGAGUCGUUCUUCUGAUUGGCGUCGGGGACUAGACCACUGCAUAACUGCACCUGUUGGUCUCUUGGGAGAUAUGCUUAUUGAUGAAAAGGAGAUUCAGUACUCUCGCUCCUUGACAGAGAAAGGCUCUACUGGGAGUCAUAAUUCAAGAUUAGACAGAUUAUCGGAACGAGAAAAGCAAAAACUCAUUGUUGAGCUAGUGAGAAUACAAAACGACGGGACAGUGGAAGUUGAUCUAGAUAGUGGUUCUCCGGUACCGGAGUUAUUGGAGUUUCAGCCUACCAAAGGACAGUCCACAAUCUAUUAUGAAAAGUCGUUUGCGGAUUCGUUCAGAUCCAUUCCAAAGUUGAAAAUUGUUAUUCUUGUCGUUGGAACUCGAGGUGAUGUGCAGCCUUUUCUGGCCAUGGCAAAGCGCCUUCAGGAAUUUGGUCAUCGUGUUAGAUUGGCAACUCAUGCAAAUUUCUGCUCUUUUGUGCGGACUGCUGGCGUAGAGUUCUAUCCCUUGGGUGGUGAUCCGCGAGAAUUAGCUGGAUAUAUGGCUAGAAAUAAAGGUCUCAUUCCUUCUGGGCCUGGAGAAAUAGCAAAGCAGAGAAAACAGUUGAGGGCAAUUAUAGAGUCUCUUCUUCCAGCAUGCAUAGAGCCUGAUAUGCAAACUGGUGCCUCUUUCAGAGCUCAAGCAAUUAUUGCAAAUCCUCCUGCAUAUGGACAUGUGCAUGUUGCUGAAGCUCUGGGUGUACCAAUUCACAUUUUUUUCACAAUGCCUUGGACGCCAACUCAUGAAUUUCCCCACCCUUUGGCGCGUGUUCCUCAAAGUGCUGCCUAUUGGCUAUCAUACAUAGUAGUUGAUCUGAUGGUAUGGUGGAGCAUAAGGACAUAUAUAAAUGAUUUUAGGAAGAGGAAGCUUAACCUUGCACCUAUCGCAUAUUUCAGCACAUACCAUGGCUCAAUUUCUCACUUGCCUACUGGUUACAUGUGGAGCCCCCAGGUUGUGCCAAAACCAAGUGACUGGGGUCCUUUAGUUGAUGUUGUUGGGUAUUGUUUCCUGAACCUUGGAUCCAAGUAUCAACCUCGCGAAGAGUUUAUCCGCUGGAUAGAAAAAGGAUCACCUCCCGUAUAUAUCGGUUUUGGAAGCAUGCCUCUUGAUGAUCCCAAAAAGACAAUGGACACUAUACUGGAAACACUGCGAGAUACAGAACAGAGAGGGAUAGUUGAUCGAGGUUGGGGUGGCCUCGGAAACCUUGCUGCUGAAGUUCCUGAAAAUGUUUUCCUAGUGGAGGACUGUCCUCACGACUGGUUGUUUCCUCAAUGUUCAGCUGUGAUUCAUCAUGGUGGUGCUGGAACCACAGCUACUGGUUUAAGAGCUGGGUGUCCAACAACGAUUGUGCCCUUCUUUGGGGAUCAGUUCUUCUGGGGUGACAGGAUCUAUGAUAAAGGACUUGGCCCUGCGCCAAUACCGAUAGCUCAGCUCAGUGUUGAGAACCUCUCUAACUCCAUCACAUUCAUGCUACAACCAGAGGUGAAAGCACGAGUGAUGGAACUAGCGAAAGUACUGGAGAACGAGGACGGUGUAGCUGCAGCAGUUGAUGCGUUCCACAGGCAUUUGCCCCCGGAGCUGCCAUUGACGGAGUCAUUGCCUGAGAAAAAGGAUGUAGAUGAUCGACCAGACCUGUUACAGUGGUUUUUCAUUCAGAUUGGCAGAAAGUGUUGUCUUCCAUGUGGUGGAGUGUGA